UGCAUGUUGCACUACGUCCCGUGGAGUCGCCCUGCACUAUGGCCCCCCUCAGCAGCGAAGCGCCCAUGGCAGCGCCCGCCGUCGUGGUCGACGCCCUGGAGCCCGCCAAACAGAACAAGCGAUACUUCCAAACGGAUAUAGUGUGGAAAAAUGUGACAGUUUACGCCAUAGGCCAUUUAUUAGCAGUGUACGGCGCAUACCUGGUGUUGACUUUCCAAGUCAAAAUAAUAACCUGUAUAUAUACAUUUCUAUUACUCUUUUUCGCAUCGCAAGGCAUCCUGGCGGGGGCACAUCGUUACUAUUCCCACAAAACUUAUAAGGCGAAAUUCCCGCUUAGACUGUACCUAGUAGUAGCUAAUACUCUGGCAUUCCAGAACUCGAUCUGGGAGUGGGCGCGCGACCACCGGCAGCACCACAAGUACUCGGACACGGACGCAGACCCGCACAACGCCAACCGGGGCUUCUUCUUCUCGCACGCGGGCUGGCUCAUGAUGCGGAAGCACCCGGCCGUCAUCGAGAAGGGCAAGAACAUCGACACGUCAGACCUGGAGGCCGACGCUCUCGUCAUGUUCCAGAAGAACCACUACAUCCGGUGUUACAUAGCUGCCACCUUAAUCUCAUCCUUCGCGAUACCGAUGUACUUCUGGAACGAGUCGGUGUGGAUGUGCUUCCUGAUCCCGUACGCGCUGCGGACCGUCUACUUCUACAACGCCACCUGGCUGGUCAACAGUGCCGCGCACGCCUUCGGAUACAAGCCGUACGACAAGAACAUCAAGCCGCGCGAGAACAAGCUGGUGUCGCGGCUGACGCUGGGCGAGGGCUGGCACAACUACCACCACACGUUCCCCUGGGACUACCGCGCGGCCGAGUACGGCCCGGGCAACAGCAUGACCACCGCCUUCAUCGACAUCUGCGCCAAGAUCGGCUGGGCCUACGACCUGCGCUCCGCCAGCGACACCGUUAUCAAGGCCAGGGCCAUCCGGACCGGCGACGGACACCACCCCAUCGCACAGCAGCAGAACCUGCAGAACCACCACCCGCACUGAACCCCAUCACCCCACCCCGCCUCAUUUAUACUCAACCCCAAAAAAAGGAAAAAAAGCGCAAAAAAACAAUAAAUAAACAUGUGUUAACCAAUGCAGA